CCAUAGUUGUCUCUAUAUAUUUUGUCUGUGUGUAUGAGAAAGACCUCUAAUCACUAGAAUUCCAGAGAGAAAUUAAGAGAGAAUGGCAUUGGAAACUGUAGUGUUCCCUCAAGACCUGUUUAGUUAUGGCUGCAAGGAGUUGUAUACCUUAGGAGGAGGUUGGAGCUACGAUUUUGGUGUAGCAGAAGAAGUAGAAGAAGAGAAAGUUGGGCUUGAUGAGGUUGUUCUUGACAAGAAUAUAGACCAAUGUUUCUGUGGAAAUUGGGAUUCUUCUACAUCUUCCAUGGUGCAAAAUGUGAAGGACUGGGAUACCAAUUCAUCCCCGGAGGCUUGCACUGGUGACGGGUUUUUCGCCUGUGAUUUCGUUCCCGUCAAAUCUCCGUCUCCGUCGAUUAUGCCUAGUCGACGUAAGAGACGACGCACUAGGAGUUGCAAGAACAAAGAAGAAGUUGAAAAUCAAAGGAUGACCCACAUUGCCGUCGAACGUAAUCGUCGGAAACAGAUGAAUGAGUAUCUCGCCAUGCUCCGGUCUUUGAUGCCAUCAUCAUAUGUUCAAAGGGGAGACCAAGCAUCGAUCAUAGGGGGAGCCAUUAAUUGUGUGAAGGAGCUAGAGCAACUCCUCCAAUCUCUAGAGGCUGAGAAGAGAAUUAAGCAACAAUCAGACCCUAGUUUCUCUUCCCCAUUUGCAGAUUUCUUCACCUUUCCUCAGUACUCCUCAAUCUCAGCUCCCUGCAACCACUCAGGGGCUUCAAAUGAAUCUGUGGCUGAGAACAAGUCAGCCAUUGCAGACAUCGAAGUUACCAUGGUGGAAAGCCAUGCCAAUCUCAAAGUUCUCUCAAGAAGAAGACCCAAGCAGCUCCUGAAGAUGGUGACUGGGUUCCAACCUCUCAGACUCACUGUCCUCCACCUCAAUGUUACAGCCGUGGAUCAAAUGGCCCUCUACUCUUUCAGUCUCAAGGUCGAGGAAGAAUGCCAACUUACUUCAGUGGAUGAAAUCGCCACAGCUGUUCAUCAGAUGCUAUGUAAAAUCCAAGAGGAGUCUGUGUUGAGUUGAUAACCCUAAUUUUCCAAUGUAAUUAAGGCCAUCUCUUGUAUGGAUAAAAGGGGUAGAGCUCAUAUGAUCCUAUCUUUCUUGUAGUUUUAGGGUUCUUUGUACUUGGAACAGCUUUAAUCCAUCUAAUAUCUUUCCC